UUAAAGUGUUGGACGUGUUUCUUCGUCUGGAUGUCAUAUAACAACACAUUACGAUCUCUCUCUGUUAAGCUGUACGAUCAGCACAAGCCGAGAACAUACCACCAGAUUACCGAUCCCUUACUCCACAGAACCAGAACUACAAAUUGAACAAAUACGGUUUGCGUCAUGUGAUAAGCAUUGCUUUUUAUUUCCGGCUUCGAUGAGCUUCCCGUUCCGGGAUCAGCUAAUACUUCUUGUUUGAGAGGGCGUGUGACGUCACCAGGAUGGAUGCUCUCACUGAUGCUCUUGCUGGAAGCUUCUCAGUUUCAUCUGAUUUGAAUAGUCCAUCUGCUCCACAUCCCCGAUUAUCUCAAUACAAGGGCAAAUAUAGCUCUCUUGAGCAAAGUGAGCGCAGGAGGAAGCUUCUAGAGCUGCAGAAGGCAAAACGGCUAGAUUAUAUAAACCAUGCCCGGCGUCUAGCUGACGGAGACUGGUCACAAGAAGAGGAGGAGAAACAGGAACAGAAAAAAGAUGGAGAAGCUGAGUGUGAAGAAAUGGAUGUGGACCUUGGAAAAAAGUUGCCACGUCAUUAUGCCAAUCAGCUCAUGCUCUCUGAGUGGCUGAUAGAGGUCCCACAGGACAUUUCUGAGUUCUGGCUUCUUGUUGUAUGUCCUGUAGGAAAGCGCUCUCUUAUCGUUGCAUCAAAGGGAUCUACAGCAUCAUACACCAAGAGUGGUUAUUGCGUUAACAGAUUCCCUUCAUUGCUCCCUGGAGGAAACCGUCACAACAAUGCAAGUGGGAAAGAUUAUACCAUCCUGGACUGUAUAUACAAUGAGGAGACUCGAACAUAUUAUGUGCUGGAUGUGAUGUGCUGGAGGGGCCAUCCAGUGUAUGACUGUCAGACGGAUUUCCGAUUUUAUUGGCUCCAGUCAAAACUGCAGGAACAAGAAGGAUUAUGUGACAUCUCAAAGCGCAACCCAUUCAAGUUUGUCGGACUGCAGAAUUUCCCUUGUUCCUUGGAGUCUAUACAGGGUGUCCUGAUGCAGGAAUUUUCUUACAAGGUAGAUGGCUUUCUCUUUUACCACAAGCAUACACACUACACACCAGGCAGCACUCCUUUGGUUGGUUGGCUGAGACCAUAUAUGGUCCCUGAAAUUCUAGGCUUUUCUGUACCCCCUUGUCCCCUUGCGCAGAAGCCUGCUUAUGCCCAGGAACAGAUGCGCCAAAUCCUGGAACAUAAAAAAGGGGGUAAAGGCACUGCAGAGGGUGGGCACUAUGAACUAGAACACCUCUCUACCAUUGCUGCACCAGAGUAAAAGUGCUUUGUGAAAUGGAAAAAAUAUAAAGAAGGCUGAGAGGUGCUGUUGUCAGUGAAUCUGCCAAGAUGGGAAUAUUCCACAGUUUGUUUGUUUUGUUUUUUUUUUUAUCUUUCACAAUUCUGCAUUUCAAAAAGAAACUUUCAAUUGUGACAAUGCUGAGAUUCAGAGCUUGUGCAUAUCGAUACAUAUAGAUAUUUCAUGCAUGACUGACAUCAGCCAGGUGAUAAACAGCACCUUUUAAAUAUAUUGUCUGCUGCAUAUGUGUUCAGCACUGUACUCACUGGGGGAUCUGAGCAAUAUUUUUGAUAUAAAGUAUUCUUUUUUUUUAAUAAAUAUUCUUUUGUA